AUGUUUCGAUUUUUAAGCAAAUUUAACUUUAAGUAAUUAACCAAAUCUUAGGCUGACUUUUAUCAUGCCAACGGCUACCUUGUACUUCCAAAUAUUGUCAGUCAUCAAGAGAUUGAUAAAUUGCUGAAAAGAACAAAUGAAUUAGUUGAAGAUGCUGAUCUAAUAAAUAAUCAAGUAUUUUUUACUCAUAUUCUAGAUGUUUUUUGAUACUAAAAAUGCUCCAAGGGGCAUGAGCUUUUUAGACACUGCCUCUAGAACAGGAUAUUUAUUAGAAAUGGGGAUGAUUGAUGAAAAAGGAUAAUUGAAGGUUAAAGAUAAAAAGCUUGCUCUCAAUAAAAUAGGACAUGCUAUGCAUGAUCUUGAUCCAGUAUUUGAGAGGUUUUCCUACAAUAGCAUUUUCAAAGCUAUUCUUUAAGGAGUUGGAUACAUUGAUCCAAUACUUGCUCAGACAAUGGUAAUAUUUAAAAACUAGAAAUUUGGCACACCCGUAGAUAUGCAUACCGAUAAUACUUACAUCAUUAGUGAACCAAAACUAUCAUGUAUAGGAAUAUGGAUAGCACUUGAAGAUGCAACAAGAAAUAAUGGAUGUAUGUUUGCCUUUCCAAAGUCCCAUUUGACACCGACAACUUAUUUCAAUAUCUUAGAUGAAACUAGAAAAAACACAAUAAUGAUUGGAAAAAAUCCAGAAUAUACUAAACACUUCGAUCCUGCAAAAGCAGAAUGCCUAGAAGUCACCAAAGGGUCAGUUAUCUUGCUUCAUGGGGAUCUUGUGCAUUUUUCUGGACAUAAUCAUUCAUCUUAAUCAAGACACGCAUAUACGCUUCAUUUGAUUGAAGGACAUAACAAUCAUUGGAGUAAAAAAGCUUGGCUUCAGAGAGUUCCUGAAUUACCAUUUAAAAAAUACUAUCAAAGAGUUUCAGAGAUUGAUACAUUUUGAUUUAAUAUAGAUCAC